UGCAGUAUGGCCGCAAAUGAUUUCUUCACACACUCAGAUCUUUGACCUUCAUCUUAUGCACAACGGAUGCAGUCGGGUGUUCAAACUUUUCUCUCGCGAUCAACACGGGGUUCUGUCUCAACUUGGGCAUCGUCUUGUGCUUGGAGGCAAUUUAACGUUAUCUUAUCUGCUUAUAGGGUUAAAUCUUACAUCUCCUUGUUGGAACAUAGCAGAGGAGGCUGUUGUGUUUCGCGUUCUUCGUAGUGUUUGCUAUGUCUGAUACGGAAACAGGCCGGGAUAAUGAUGGUGAGAAGUCCCAAAAGCGAAACCUUCCUUCGUGGAUGAGUUCGAGCGGAAGCAAAUCUCAUGGUAUGAAGCCAAAGGAUGAAGGGGAAGAUGGCAAAGAUAAGCAGACACAUGGUCUUUCCAAGGAAAAGAAACAGGAAAAAGUUCUGGUUACACCAUGUUCAAGCACUACCGAUUUCACUAAACUCUUGGAAGGAGUUGUUUUUGUGCUUUCAGGCUUUGUAAAUCCCGAAAGGAGUACACUGAGAUCACAGGCCUUGGCCAUGGGAGCUAUCUAUCAACCCGACUGGAACUCCGACUCUACGUUGUUGGUUUGUGCUUUUCCUAACACUCCAAAGUUCCGUCAAGUCGAAUCUGACUCCGGCACGAUUGUCUCAAAGGAAUGGAUAACUGAGUGCUACACUCAGAAGAAGCUGGUGGGUAUUGAACAAUACUUAAUGCAUUUAGGCAAACCUUGGAGAAAAAUCAGCUCUUCUCCCCAAGAGACUAAUCAAGAAAAGAAAGAACCGCUGCCUAAAAAACCACAGAAGCAAGUUGAGAAAAAGUCGGAAACAAGAGGAAGCACAUCUGCUUCGCUCAAGAGUAGAUCAUCCGGUGCUUCUGCUACAGAGCGGUUUCCCCCUUCCGAGGUUAAGAAAUGGGCUAUGGCCGAUCUAACUCAAACCAUCUCAUGGCUCGAGAGUCAGGAGGAGAAACCGGAACCAGGCGAGAUAAAGCGAGUUGCUGCUGAAGGAAUCUUGACCUGUUUACAAGAUGCCAUAGAUUCUCUCGAACAAAAUCGGGGCGUUGGGACAGUGACAGAGCAGUGGAGCUUCGUCCCUCGUGUAGUCAAGGAGCUCGGAAAGAUCGAAGCUUCUUGGGAGAACAGGAACUCCUCGGGAUCAAAAGAAGAUCUUUGCAGACUAGCAAAGGAGUGGAAGGAGAUGUACGAGACCGAGCUUAAAAAACGAGGUCAGGAAGAGUCAUCCACGAUAAACGAGAAGGGAAAAGCGGGAAGAAGAAAUGCGGCAACCUCCCGGGAAACUUCCGGCUAUGACAGCGAUGAGACUGUCGAGAUGACAGAAGAAGAGAUCGAACUAGCUUACCAGAAAGUUGCUUCGGGGUCUUGUUAGUUAGUUAAAGACAUGUCUUAAAAUCUGUGCGCCUCUCUAGUUAGUGUCGGGAGACAUGCCCUCGGUCAGGGAUGCUCAUUUCGGUUAGAUUUAGUUCGGCUCGUUUCGGUUUUACUGAUCAAAUAUUAAUUUUUGAAGAAAUUUUUGGUUUUCGAUUA